CAGUGCUUAUCAUGUCUGAGCAAGAAACUCCAUUGGACUUGAGCUGUCGAAAAGCAGGCGAGAAAAAUAUUGACAAAAUUACGAAAUAUCAAAAGCAUUUGCCAUGUCCAAUAUGCGGGAAAAAUUUCGAUCGUCCAUCUCUGCUUAAAAGACAUUUGAGAACGCAUACAGGUGAAAAGCCACACAGUUGCGCAAUCUGCGGUAAAAAGUUCAGCACGAGCAGCUCAUUAAACACUCACGCGAGAAUUCACACAGGCGAGAGACCGCACGAAUGUCCCGUGUGCAGCAAAAGAUUUACUGCUUCUUCAAAUUUAUAUUAUCAUCGAAUGACGCAUUUCAAGGUAAAACCACACAAAUGCUCGGAAUGCGAGCGUUCUUUCCCAACACCUGGCGAUUUGAAAGCACACAGCUAUUCGCACAACGAUAAUUGGCCUUUAAGAUGCCCUGUUUGCUAUAGAGGCUUUUGUAAACUAAGAAUUCUGCAUCAACAUUUAGCAAUCCAUAAUGGAUCUUAUUCAAAACAGUGCCAAUUAUGUAAUAAAAGAUUUAAUUUACCUAAAAAUUUAAAGAAUCACAAAUGCGAAAAUAUCAAAUUAAUUCUAUCAAAUGUGAACACCAAUUCUCUGGUUUGCUCACACUUAUUCAAUACAGUAUUGUCAUUUCCUUGGAUAUCGUAAAUUAUAUAAAAUUAACCACGCAUCGAUCUGAAUAAUCACGCAUUUCAAAACUAUAACGUUUUACGAUACAUAAAAGUAUGACUCUAGCUUACAAUAUUUAUUGGUAUAUUAUUGUGCAUGUAUUUCCAACUUCCUUCCAACUAAAACGUAUGAUAGAUUAGAAAUUAAUUACUGUUUACAAUAAUGCUCAUUGCACAGUUUAGUUUACCGCUGAAUGAAUAAUAUAAACGCUAAUUUUUUUAAUUUAUACACCAUAUUAAAAGAAAAUAUACUCAAAAAUCAAAAUUUAUUUCUUUGCCCUCUUCGAUCGCCUUCCGAACCUCGUUAAACAGUUUUCUUAAAAUUGAUUUUACACACCUGCAACCUCGUAUUUAAAAUAACUAAAUUUUACACUUAUAAAUGGUGCAGGUGAUAUUCACGCUUGAUUACUUGCUAAGCUAGUCAUACCUCUGGAAAAUUUUACAUAAUACUUUAGAAACAGUCUGUAGACAUUAAUUUGUUACUGUAAUACUAAAAAGACAUUAAAAAUUGUCAAGUCAAUUUUUAAAUACCUUAUUUAUUUUGAAAGCGACUUUAUUUUUGUAGAAGGCUAACUUUGCAAAUAUUGCACCGUAUUCGAGAGUAUGAUGC